AUGUAUCACGUCGUGAAUAUGUGUAUGACCCAAAUGACUUUGAGCAUCUUUGAUGCAGUUUGCCCUCUGAACAACCAGACCCGCCACGACUUUGCACACCCAUACAUGUUUUCACUAUACACACACACACACGCACACACACACAAACAUGCACACACUUAUGCCUGGAUAUUGGCACACACAAAAACCUACAAUUCUGCUGCAAUUCCUGCCAAACUAGAACGGACCAGGCCAGGCCAGACCGGGCCUACUUAUGCUUUCCGCGAGAGAUACAGCUUCAAGCCGUCCCGGCUACUCCGCCCCUCGUGGAAUUCAUCUGCCAGCCUCUCUUUCAACCGUGCAGCCGAACAACUAAUCUCGCCAAGAUGGAUACAACAGCGGCUGCUGCAUGGCAGUCAGGCUGUUCGGGUGGCCGGGCGGACCGGAUGGCUGUCCAGUGGACAAGAGUCAGACUUCCGUUUCUUGUUUCCACCGCCUCAGCGUGAGGGCCAUGUGAGGCGAGGCAGAAAAGCAGACUUGCAGAAUGGAGAGAGCUGCUUCGACUUCUGCCUCCACCUCCUCCUCAUUCUGCUGCUUGCCUUCCUUUGCCCUCACACCUUUUGA